AUGGACCGGCUGCUCCCCCCCCCGCGCCCCCGGCUCGGCCUGGGGCAGGGGACGGGCGAGAGCGGCCGCCCCGGGGGGGAGGAGCCCCGCGGGGCCGGAGCCGCCCGCCGAGACACCCCCUCACCUCAGCGCCGCAACCUUCAGCCUCUCCGCCCGGCCGCCAUCUUACGCUGGGACACGAAACAAAAUGGCGUCCGCGCGGGCAGAGGGGCCGGGCGCCAGGAGGCCGACGGGAAAUGGAGUCCCGCGCGCUGCCCGCCCCGAGGGAAGGGCUCCAGGGGGACUCGGUUUCCCGGCAUGCAGCGGCGGAGCCGGGUGUGCGAUGGCGACCCGGGCUGUGAACGCUCCUCUGGGCCUUACAGCGUGAGGGGAUUCACCAGCCACAGCCCGGGCUGUGAACGCUCCUCUGGGCUCUACAGCGUGAGGGGAUUCACCAGCCACAGCCCGGGCUGUGAACGCUCCUCUGGGCUCUACAGCGUGAGGGGAUUCACCAGCCACAGCCCGGGCUGUGAACGCUCCUCUGGGCUCUACAGCGUGAGGGGAUUCACCAGCCACAGCCCGGGCUGUGAACGCUCCUCUGGGCUCUACAGCGUGAGGGGAUUCACCAGCUACAGCCCGGGCUGUGAACGCUCCUCUGGGCCUUACAGCGUGAGGGGAUUCACCAGCCACAGCCCGGGCUGUGAACGCUCCUCUGGGCCUUACACCAUGAGGGGAUUCCGUGGGAGGUUUGACUCCCUCCUGAAGCCCGUGAAGCGACUGAACAGCCACACAGCGUUCUCCCGGCGCGGUUUUAAUUGCAGCGAGAUCGAGGGUUUGGCAGAGGUGCAGCGUUUGUGCCCCUGGGGAAGCCUCGUCGCUACCAGCAAACACAGGUUGACAGCUUCUGGUGCCCAGCGUGCCACAGCCCGUGCAGCUCUCUCCACUCCUGAACGGGAAGGCAGAUUCACCUCAUUGUUAUUAUCAUCUCUGUCGUUAUUAUUCAGCCCAUCCAGCCACCCAUUUGAGUCUUGUCUGGCAUUACCUGGGAUUAUCCUGCUAAUGCACGUUGCCUUCACACACAAUAUCGGGUUUGUUGCUAAGAAACUGCUUUUUGCAUGACAGACAGUGUGGGCCUGAUGUUCUCUCUCUUCAGCAGCUGUUGGAGCUGGGGCCCCAGCGCUCCCCACAGCCAGAGGGGCUGGGGCACAGUCCCCACACGAGUGGGUCAGCUUUGCCUGGGGAGGACAAGGCUUGAAAAGGAGCAAAGGUGUCUUGAGCAUGUCCAGGCUGCCAGGGACAGGGCAGCAGCCGUGUGUGGUGGGCUGUGUGCUCCGUGGGAGUGUUGCCCUGGGCCCCUGCAUGUGGGUGUGUGAACACACACCUGUGAUCACAGGCUGAAAAUGGUGUUCUUGUAAGUAAAUAGGUGUUGGCAAUCACAGAGUCAUUUAGGUUGGGGAAGCCCUUGAAGCUGCUGCAGUCCCAGCCCUCCCCUCACCCUGCC